AUGGAUUAUUUUGUCGAGAGUAUAGAAUCCAGCAGCGAGCUGCUGGCAAAGAGUACGCAGCUACGUGACUUGUCACGAAUGGAUAAGAUCACCAACAUCAAGAACCUCCGCAGACUUAGCGAGCUGUUGCACUCACUGCACCAACAGGCGUAUUGUGAGGAGCUCAACUGCGUGGCGCUGGCGCUGGCUAACAUACUGUUGAAGGAGCCCCGCUUCCGAGCACAAGUGCUAGCCGAAAAGCUGGACUUGGUACAUGACAUCCAAACACGACUGCUGGUGGAUUCCAGAAAGCCCGGCUUCGAGCUGCAGUGGGAGGUGCCCCUGUGGCGUGUGCUAUUCUUACUGGCUCACGGUCAGCGGUCUGAAAACUUGGUGGUCUCCAUGUUCGACCGGAACCUCGCUCCCGCUAAAUUCCAGCAUCUGGUAGAUCUUCUCGACAACACGACUGCUUCGCCACAUCCCAUGUUGCAAGUGGUUAUGGAAGAGCUGGGCAAGUUUUGGUACGCGCUGUGUUACAACUAUGGUCUGCUUGUAAGGCAAAAUAGCGAGGCUUUCCGGUCCUCAUUAACAAAACUGAAUCAAACGCUGCGCAGUGGUAAGGGCCUCCUUCUGGACAAGUUUUCCGUACCACUGAUACAGUUAGCGUCGCUACUGUUGUUGUAUCCAGAGAACGAUCUGCUGGUAACGUUCGACAUGGCACUGAACUUGAUGUUUAUUCUUAAGCGAGCCGUGACCACAUGGUCGCAAGAGGUGUCUCAAAGGCUGUACUCUUCUCCAGACACGUACAACAUUCCACAGACUUUGCAUUUGAUCCGUAUCAUAGUUGCACAAUCGCCAGGACCUGUGAGAGACCAACUGCAACAAUGCUUGAGUGGCCAUCCGACGGCUCCCGUAGACUUGAAGGAACAAAUCCUCGACCUUCAUAACUCCCCAAUCACUUCCUCGGACGUUAGGGGCACUGUCAGUUCAGUACUAGAGGCGCUUUCUCUCUCCAUCCUUGAGGCCUCCCCUCGAUCUCCACAGGAUAUUGUUCUUGCCAUACAACCAAAGCCUAUGAAUAGAGACCGAGAUUCGGCUGAGACUGUGAUUGGACAAGAAUUUGUCACUCGACCCAAGAUGAGUCACCAAGCCAAUGCUUCUUCAAGUUCGAUCUCAACCAUGCAUAGUGAUCGCCGGCCGUCACAUUGCGACGAUUCGUGGAGUGAGGAAGAGCGCUUUGAAGAGGCAACGCGGAUCAUGGGGGCAAUCAGGAGGUUAGAUGAGCUUGGCGUAAUAAAGCCAACGUUGCCGAACACUAUUGGUUGA